CAUGGAGGACGACUGUGUGUGUGAUUACGACUCGACCUGGGACACAGAGAGUGAUGGAGAGGACCCAGCCGGAGAUGGCCAAACUCGUCGAUCCAGUCAAGACAAAAAUAAAUCUGGUUGGACUUUAGAAUCGUGGCAUCCCAGAAACACAAGGGCAGCAAAAGAAACGCAGAACUACAGAAGAGGAUACCCUAAUCUUGCAGAUGAAGAAUGCUCAGAGGACAAAAUGAACAAUUUGUAGUUUUACCUCAAUAAAUUCCCCUCUUCACCUGAUGAUGUCUACAUUGAAUCGUUCCUCAAAGAAUGGAAGAAUGACUACAAAAAGCUGGAGAGAGUUCACUCAUACAUUCAGUGGCUGUUUCCACUCCGUGAACCAGGGGAAUACAUGGCUUCUGAACUCACCAAGAAGGAAAUUGAGGCCUUUAAGAGUAAUGAGGAUGCAAAAAAGAGGCUAGUGGAGUCCUAUGAACUCAUGUCGGGCGUCCGCCUGGUUAACAAAGAGACGGGUGAAGUGACACGAGCAGACAAAUGGAUAGAGCGCUUCGGGAACCUUGAGCGGAACAUGCACAACAACCUGCGCAUCACUCGCAUCCCAAAGAGCCUGGGCGAACUAAGUUUUGAGCACUAUCAGGCGCCGCUCGUUCACUUCUUCCUUGAGGAGACUCUGUUCAAGAAAAACCUCACCAGUGUUAAACGCAGCGUACUUGACUACUUCCUGUUUGCAAUUCUGGAUAAACAAAAACGCCAGGAGUUGGUGCGCUACGCCUACCUUCACUUUGAACCAAAGGAUGGAUUUGUGUGGUGUCCCAGGAAGAUUCAGAAGCUGUUUAGGAAGUUCAGAGAGAAAGAAAGACAUCGGCAUUCCUCCUCUUCUUCUUCCAAAAAAAAGCCAUGA